AGGAGGGGGGGGGGGGCAGACAGACUGAGGAAGAGGAGGAGGAAGAGGAGGAGGAGGAACAGGAAGGAGAGGAGGAAGGAGCAUCAGCAGCAGGACUCACACACAGACAGACAGACAGACUGUCGGCGGAUCACGGAGCCUCCGCCGCCGCCUCUGAGCUGCUGCAGCCGGACACAGAGAGCAGCAGAGACCCGGAGAGAGAGCCGGAGAGCCGGAGGAGCCAUGGCCGCUGAAGAAGACUUCCAAUCCACGGCCUGCACCGGCUCCAGCCUGCUGCAGCCGGUCAGCGAGAUCACCAACCUGCCGCUGGACCAGGUGAACUUUGUGGUGUGUCAGCUCUGCGCUUUGCUGUCGGCCUUCUGGUUUCGCCUCUUCCUUCAUCCCAGUAAAACCAGUCCCUUCAUCAGACAUGUGGUCGCCACCUUACUGGGACUCUACUUCGCUCUCUUCUGCUUCGGCUGGUACGCCCUUCACUUCCUGCUUCAGAGCGGACUCACCUACGGCAUCAUGAUCCUGACCGGAGUCGAACACAUGCACAAAUACUGCCUCCUGGUGGCUCUCAGCUAUCUGAGUCUGUGUCAGAUCACUCGAGUGUACGUCUUCGACUACGGCAUGUACUCUGCUGACUUCACAGGCCCCAUGAUGGUGAUAACACAAAAGAUUACCAGCCUGGCGUUUGAAAUCCACGACGGAAUGGCAAGAAAAGAGGAACAUCUGACUCCAGGACAGAAGAUUUUGGCGAUAAGGAGGAUGCCCAGUCUGCUGGAGUACUUCAGCUACAACUGUAACUUCAUGGGGAUCCUGGCCGGACCCACCUGCUCCUACAACGACUACAUCGCCUUCAUCGAGGGAGACCCCCGUCGCCAUAGAGACCAGGAGGCCGACAGGAAGUCCAAGCUGAGGCAGAGCGAGCCCUCACCAAACACGGAGGUCGUCCGUAAAGUGGCCACGUCCUUCUUCUGCCUCCUGGUGUUUCUGUCGGUGUGUAAAGUCUUCCCCGUGGAACGAAACAUCGACGACGACUUCAUCGCCAACACGCCGUUCUACGCCCAGGUGGUCUACCUGUACCUGUCCAUGCUGACCACCAGACCCAAGUACUACUUCGUCUGGACGCUCGCUGAUGCCAUCAACAACGCCGCCGGCUUCGGCUUCAAUGGCUACGACAGCGAUGGCUCUCCUCGCUGGGACCUCAUCUCCAACCUGAGGAUCCUCAACAUCGAGUUAGCCACCAGCUUCAAAGUUUUCCUCGACAACUGGAACAUUCAGACCGCACACUGGCUCAAAAGGGUGUGUUAUGAGCGAUGUCCCUACCACCCAACAGCAGCCACCUUCAUCCUGUCAGCUAUGUGGCACGGAGCUUAUCCAGGCUACUACCUCACCUUCCUCACCGGCAUCGUCAUUACGCUGGCUGCUAGAGCGGUCCGACACAACGUUCGUCCACACUUCCUUCAAUCGCCCACCCACAGAUUGGUCUAUGAUGUCAUCACGUGGGCGGCCACUCAGAUCGCCAUCUGCUACACAGUGGUGCCUUUUGUCCUGCUGUCCGUGGGUCCGUCCAUCAAGUUCUACAGGUCCUGGUACUGCGGACUCCAUAUCGGCUGCGUUCUCCUGGCCGUGGCGCUGCCGGUCAAACCGAGACAUCUCCGCCUCAAAAACCAGCAGAAGAACCUUCUCCAGGAGCCGGUCCAGCACCACCGGGAGGCCACAGAUAGCAACUGCAGCCAGAAGGAAAAAACCACAUGAGACAGAGGACGAAGAACAAUCGUGUACAACAUUUUAUUUCCAUAAACUUGUAUAGAAAGACGAGGAGUCGAACCAUACCAAACGGACCUUCCUCCUGUCUCGGGUACAAUGACAGCAAGUUAAAAUACUGUAUUAUUUGGAUUCACGGGACGCGUACGAAAGCGGGCCAUGAGUUUUUGAAGGCCAGUGUUGUCGGCUACGUGAUGAAGUGUUCCACAAAACUAUGACGUUACCAGGAAGUACGACUGCCAGGAUAGUAUUUGGACUCAAACUCCGAUAACCAACACAAGAUCAUUUUUUUGGGGACAGGUGGUUCAGGUUAAUCUGCAACGAUGGAAGAAAUUGAGUCAUUGAGUCAGUUAUAUAUAUACAUGUAUAUAUAACUGACUCAAUUUCUUUCUCCGGUCAGAAACGUGCUGACUGUCCAUCUGCAGAAAUGAUUGAGUAAAGGGAGGUAUAAAUGAAAGGAUGAAUAGGAAAAUGACUGAACGGAUGAUUAAACGAGGACAUGAGUGAAUGCAAGCACGUCAAAGAAAAGUCCAGUAUAUGAAAAAACGGAAUGAGCACGUGGAUGACUAAAUAAGUGAAUGAAUGAGCAGGCCAGUGAGUUAGUGCAUUAAACAAGUAAAUGAAUGAACAAAGAAGGUUAAAACUGAUCUUUUCUCCUCCACAUUCCUCCCAGACUGUCAUCGUGUUAUAAUCUAUUAAACCACAACAUCACAGUAUUCAUAGAAACAUAGUUUGGAGAAAGUGCCAAUGAUUAUUCCACUCAGUCGCCUUAGUUGUUUUAUUUUGUUUUUUACAAGAAAAAGAAAAGUGCUACCAUGCAGGAUAAUUAUUUACUCUUUGUUGGUAUGUGAGGGGCGAGGAGGGCGUCGUGUUUACAUUUGUAGAUGUCAAGUUUUUGUCAAGUUGUUAUUUAUGUAUGUAAUUCCAAACUGACUUGUGUUUUGAUGUAAGAUGUGUGGAGAUGCAGCUUGAAGAAGAUAAAAACGCCUCUCUAAAUUUUAGGAAAUGAGCUCUAAACUCUGAAAUUAAAAUUCUCAUGAUGUGAACUGAAAUAAAGAUUAGGUUCCUCUUAAAUAUAAAUAUCAC